GCGCGGGGAGUCUACGGGCUGGAGACCGCUCAAAAGCCGGGGAGCAGACUGCAUAGCUCGAGCUCGAAACACUAGCCUGGGCUCCAGGAGCGUCCUUGCUGCUGUGGACCAGGGCCGGGCCUCCCCCUGCGCCCGGCCUUCCGGCUUUCUAGCCAGCUGGGCCGGAAAGGAGGGUGCACCUGCCACUCAGGGUUCUCGAACUCUGGUCCCCAGGCGCGGGGAAAAGGGUCUUGUCAUCUCCAGUGAGGUGGAGUGCCGACGACUUGAAUUCGCCAACCACCAGGUUUGGCCUUGGAGGGCAAAGCCCCUGAUGAACCUAAGAGAACGUCCUGUUUAGAGGGUGACGUCUGGAAAAUGAUCCACAGUCUAUUUCUCAUCAACUGCUCUGGCGACAUAUUUCUAGAGAAACACUGGAAGAGUGUGGUGAGCCAGUCUGUCUGUGACUAUUUUUUUGAAGCUCAGGAGAAAGCUGCGGAUGUUGAAAAUGUCCCACCUGUCAUUUCAACACCUCACCACUACCUCAUUAGUAUCUACCGGGAUAAGCUCUUCUUCGUGUCUGUCAUACAGACGGAAGUGCCACCUCUCUUUGUGAUUGAGUUUCUGCAUCGAGUUGCUGACACUUUUCAGGACUACUUUGGUGAGUGUUCAGAGGCUGCAAUUAAGGAUAAUGUGGUCAUAGUGUAUGAGCUCUUGGAGGAAAUGCUAGACAAUGGAUUCCCGCUGGCUACGGAAUCUAACAUUUUGAAAGAACUAAUUAAACCACCAACAAUUCUACGUUCCGUCGUCAAUUCUAUCACAGGCAGUAGUAAUGUUGGGGACACACUCCCCACUGGGCAGCUAUCCAACAUCCCAUGGCGUCGAGCAGGAGUAAAGUAUACAAACAAUGAAGCCUAUUUUGAUGUAGUUGAAGAAAUAGAUGCAAUUAUAGAUAAAUCAGGAUCUACAGUCUUCGCAGAAAUUCAGGGGGUCAUUGAUGCUUGCAUUAAGCUCUCUGGAAUGCCUGAUCUCUCGCUCUCUUUCAUGAACCCAAGACUUUUAGAUGAUGUCAGCUUCCACCCGUGCAUCCGGUUCAAACGUUGGGAAUCAGAAAGAGUUUUGUCAUUUAUUCCUCCAGAUGGGAAUUUCCGACUCAUAUCAUACCGUGUCAGCUCACAGAAUCUAGUGGCAAUACCAGUGUAUGUGAAACACAGUAUCAGUUUUAAGGAAAACAGCUCUUGUGGCAGAUUUGAUGUAACAAUUGGACCAAAACAGAAUAUGGGAAAAACUAUUGAAGGAAUCACAGUGACUGUUCACAUGCCAAAAGUUGUGCUGAACAUGAACCUGACACCAACACAAGGCAGCUACACAUUUGAUCCAGUAACCAAGGUACUAGUAUGGGAUGUGGGGAAAAUUGCUCCACAGAAGCUCCCAAGUCUUAAAGGACUGGUAAAUUUGCAGUCAGGAGCUCCCAAGCCAGAAGAGAACCCCAGCCUCAACAUACAGUUCAAGAUCCAGCAGCUUGCUAUUUCAGGCUUAAAAGUGAACCGCUUGGACAUGUAUGGGGAGAAAUAUAAGCCAUUUAAAGGAGUCAAAUAUGUCACAAAAGCUGGGAAGUUUCAAGUGAGGACAUGAGAAGAGGCCAAAUUUCCUCAAGAUGUUUGUUUUUCAAGUGUAAUUACAAUUUAUUACUAUUAGGUACCGAGUGGGUGGGAAUACAUAUAAAGCAUUUGUGUCAGGCUACACUGCUAACAGAGUUGCUUAGUAUCAAUGUAGGGUUCUUAAGGAGCUUUAAGCUAAGGAAAGUUUUCUAAAGACUUAGCUUAUUUUGUAUCUUUUCACUUAGGAAAAGAUUUAGAUUUCUUCCAAGGUGCCACAAGCUGAAUGCUGCACAUUGUAACAGUAAAGACAGAGGGCUGCAGCGGUAGCCUCUCUCCUGAAGCCAGUGAUAUGGUCUCAUCCACCAGCAGGAACUGGUGUGUGUAGGGUGCAGCCAAACUUCACACCUUCUGAUCUUAGCCAUCUCAAGUCAGUGUCUGUCCCACGAAAGGAGAUUCCCCCACCCCACGAAGUUUACAGAAAACUGCCUCUUCAAGUGUUUGCCUUACUCAGCUUUUCACUUGUGCCAUUAAGCAAGCACUGUAGCAAAAGCCACUUUCACAUGGCUCCGUGCUCCAUUCUCACUGUACUUGGUAUUCUAUUUUUUAUAAAUAAGAUUUUUAUGUAAAGCUCAGAUUUUGAUUUACAAGGACCUUGCUGCAGUAGAUACACCAUCAGCUGCUAGAUAGCACAGUCAACAUCAUUUGCAUCAAAAGGGGCAAAUACUUUAUUAAGAUAAUAAAAGGGAACACUACUUCUGCUUAUAGGAAGUUAUUGCAGGCACAAGUGUGCUUUUAAACAAAUUAAAGUAGUAAAAGAAAAUUAAGCAAAACCUUGCCAUUUCCAUGUUUCAGUAAAGCUUUAUCUAAUGCCACUGUAACCUAGUUAGCCUGAAAGUCUUGUGUCCUAGUUCAGCAGGAGAAAACCGUGUCUGCUUCACUACUACUGUUCUUUCUCUUCUCAGUCUUUUAUCUUUCUGUGCUUAACUGGUUGGAUUUACCUGUAUGCCCUGUAUUUGGAGGAGCUCCUUUUCAUAGUACGUAUAUCCUGAGGCCAUUGUGAUAGGCACCUUUCCUAAACUUCCCACCUUGUCAAAAUGCGACUGGAGCAGUUAAGUGUCUUUGUUGUACUGUGUACACGAAGAGCAUUACUGAAGGACAAACAUUCUCAGUCAUGAUUUAUACCAAUCGAUUGUAACAUGGGAAACUUGUCUGUGACUCAUUCCGUUCUACAUCAUUGGCUUGGAAAUCCUUUAUGCAGGGACUUUGCCUCAUUAGACAUGAAAAUGAGGGAGGCGGGAAGUUAAGAUAUAAGUGUUGCUCUUCCUGUUUCCCUUGAUUUUCUUUAGACUUAGUUUUCUUAUCCUGUGGCCCAUUGUUUUCUUCCAUCUCUCUGACAGUCCCUGUUGGAGUGCUGGUGAUACAGUAGCAUGGUUACUGUUGCCCUCAUCGAAUAAGGCCAGCUUUUGCAGCUUCAAAUAGAAAUUACUUGAGUAACCAAUCUUAGAUUGGCAGCUUUAAGUCAAAAUGCAAAAUAUCUAAUCGCUUUGACUUAGAUUGGUUAUCUAGCUCUAAUUUAAAUAUCUUGUCUUUUACCUCAAAAACAAUUUUGACAGUUGAAUUUCUUCGCAAUCCCUGUCUCACCAUCAAUACCUAGACUGUCCAACAUUCCUCCUGUGCAGUCUUGUCUUUCAAAGUGGAACAUAUACCAAGAGUCCCUUGUCUCUAAUAAUUUCUGCUAAAACAGCCAAGCAGACUGUGUUCCUUUACAGUUAAAUUGUUGUACUUAUUAAUUUGAUAGAGCCCAGUAAGUCCUUUUCGUAGCUCUGGCUACAAUGUCAAUAAAAAUAUGAACGCAACAAACUGAUUUUUUUUUUAAGUUUGAUUGUUGAUGGAACAUUCUCAUAUCCAGGCUGAGUUAGAGCCAGCUGCAUGGGAUCAGUUUCUUCUGUAUCACAAGUAUUACAGUUGCUUAACAACAUUUAGGAGGCCUUUUCCUAAGUAGAGCAUAUCCACAGCCAUUCAUCAUUUUAAAGUGGUCCCUUUUUGGUCACAGACUUAGUGAUAAAAGUGAUAAAAACUAUACCUUCAUUACAUCACUUCCCAUAUAGACUCAAGAUGUUUAAACACCUGAGUUCUGGUUAAUCUAGCAUAUUCCCCUUUUCUUUGUUCUUAAGGAACCAUAAUCUAAAAGCAAAUAAAACAUGCUUAUUUUCUGUGUGAGGUAGCCUGCCAUACACGUACACAUGGGGAAUUCAGCUGGUGGUUCAUUCCUUAAAUGUUGAAGAACACUGGAAAUAUGCUAGUUUUGUUUUCCUUAGAAGCAACUGGUUAGAAGAACACUACAGUAUUGGCUAAGUGAACUCCACAGCCUUGGACACAGGCUGCAAUCCACUUCUCCAGUUGGGAACUUCUCAGUCAACACAAUGAUGAAUUUCAUCCUGCAAUAUUAUUUAACUUCCUCCCCUUCACCCCCAUUCUAGAAAAUUAGGCAAAAACAUGUUUUUAUUUUAGUCAGUGAUUUUUCAAGCAAGAAGAUCAGUGUGUAUCCCAAGCUAGUUUUGACUCAGCCUUACUGGAUCCUGACGACACUGUUCUAUACUGGGUUUGGAAGGCACAAAAGUGCCCCUCACGUUUCACAACCUCUGCUUUUUAAGGGACAGUUAUUGUCUCCAGUAAUAGCUAAAACCUUCUAAAAUGAAAGUUACUUCUACCAAGGGUAACCCACAUAUAGCUGCUUUGCCCACUGAUAACUUAUGGUUUCUGUUCCUUCUAAUGUAUAGGUGCCAAGAUUGUCCUUUAUCACAUAGACCCUCUUAUGUAAAUAUACUAUUAAUUUCCAUUCCUUUAUGGAUUGAAUAAAAUCUUUAAUUUUUUUUAAUAUUACCCAGAUCCUGAGGAUUCAUCUCAUUGGCUAUUCUUCAGAAAUAAGAAUCUGACCUAAAGUUGUUAGUAAAAUAGCACGUCCAUCAUUCAGAGAGUUAUUCAUAUAAAUGUAUUUUAUUUGUUUUAAACAGAACAAAAGAAAAGGCAGAAAAUAUCUGUAUAUAAUAAAUCCUAGCUUAUAAAUGUAGUUUUUGUUUUUUUAGUGGUAGCAUCUCUAACUCGUUCACGACUGUAAGCACUGACACUCGAGGAAAGCACACCUGGCAGACGUGUGUCUCCAGCACUGGAAGAACUUGGAGAGCAAAAAUGAUUCUUCUUAGUUCCUCUAAGUAAUCUUUAAAACAAAAGGUGAUCUUUGGCAUAGAGUCAUACUUUAAAGGCAUUGAUAUGCAUUUAUAUCAGGUAAUCAAUUCUACAGAUAUGUUGAGAGCUUUGACAAUAAUCAGCUGAAAGGAAAUAGAGGAAGCCUGAGUGUGCAGGAUCAACCUAAGGUUUACACAUUGAGUGUUGGGACUGAACGCAGUAGGUAAUGGAGGAACAUCCGGGAAGGGUCUCGCUCCAUUCAUCUGAUUAUUGACUUCUGAAAGUGAUAUUCAUGUCCUUGGAAAUGCUUGUGGAUAAAUACUGGGAAAGUCACUUUCUCUUUCUGAUACUAGAUAUCAUACUCAUUACUCUUGAAUAUGUGGAGAGGAGGAAAGAGUUGGCUGUCCUGGUUAAAAGCAACUGGACUUACAGUAGCUCUGAUUUACCCUGGCAGCACCAGCGUGGUGACCCGCACGUGCUAGCUCCUUCACACAAGAAGGCAGGGCUGCCUUCCAUUCAAGGCUCUUAGGAGCAAGCCCUAGUUUGUAGGGCUUAAUUUUGAAUGGACCUUCCAAACUUAAAAGGAGCCAAGUGUGGGUGGUAGGUGCUAAUACUUUGAUGCAGGCAGAUUGCUUGAAUCCUGAAGCCCAAAGGCUAGCCUGACAGCAUAAAAAGAUCCAGUCUCAAAAUUAAAAAAUAAAAAGUGGGGGCUAGGGAGGAUUACAGACAAACACAUACCUAUGUAUCUUUAAAGUCUUGUUUAAGAAGCAUAUAGAAAACUGCCAAAGCCUGGGGUGAUUUGGUUGGUUAAAAAUAAAUGCAGCAUUUCAGCUCAGAAAUGAAAGAAAAAGAAAGAGAGAGAGAGA